AUGGGCAAGCUCAAAAUCUUAAGCAAACUGGGCCGGCAGUCCUCAGAACUAUCGUCGCCUUUGCCUUCAUCUCUGACUUCCCAUUCUUGUGCUUACAACGGACAGCCGAACUCUUCACAAGUUGCCCGUAUUUUGAACGCUAUUCGUGGGGCCGAAAAUGAAGUCGGGGAGGUUGUGCAGCAAAUGCAGAACAACCCAGACGAUAAGGGCCUUCGACGGCAAUACAUCAUGUGUGUUCAUUUUCUCGAGAUACAUAAAGGGCUUUUAGCUCCGGUACACCGCUUGCCCGAUGAGAUUUUGGUCCACAUACUCCAUUUCUGUGCGAUUGACCCAGAUCCCUGCUGGACAAACCCACCGUGGGUAGUGGCACACGUGUCUCGCAAAUGGAGGGUGGUCGCGCUGUCUUUUCCAACAAUUUGGGGUGUGGUCCCUCCGGUCAAGAUCUCAAUGAAGGACAAGGGAAAGAAGUUCAUCCUUCGUUUGAUGGAACUCCUUCGUCGUUCGGGCGAACAACCACUUUCCAUACAUAUAUCCUCCAACGAGGAUAACGUCGUCGAUCACCCCAUUGUCCAAAUUCUUAUCACCCACUGCGCGAGGUGGCGGACGGCUGUCAUGAAGCUUUCGGUGGGAGAUCUUCAAGCUCUUACGCCGCUCAUCCGGCGUCGUUUAUCUUCCCUAUAUUCACUAAAGCUCGCCGUUCGAGUCCCCCAUGAUGAGGACUGCGUACUUGGCUCUUUCAGUAUCGCUCCAAAGCUGCGUGAGGUGGAAAUCGAUUGCUCAUGGGUACGGCUCCUUCUCCCUUGGGAGCAACUAACGAAAUAUGUGGAGCAGUCCACAAAUCCUACUGGCGUCAUACAGGUUUUUAGCGUAUCUUGCGAGAUCAGUUAUCUUUCUUACUGUACUCGGGCUACCCCUUUCUUCCGCUUCAGACCAAUGACCCUUGCCAACAUCACGACCUUUGAUCUUAAUUUCCAUAACCCACGCGCAUCUGGAGCGUCGAUGCUGGAAAGCCUUACUCUACCUGCUUUAACCGAUCUUCGCGUUCGAAGCUCACACGGUUCACUAGUCGACGACCUCAUUGACGUCAUUCGUCGCUCGAAAUGCCCCUUACAGAAGCUCUCUAUACAUACCUUGCCAAUGGAAGGGGGGCUCACGAAAAUUCUACUCUUCACUUCGUCUCUCACAGAGUUCCAUUGCAACGACUUGAUCGAAGACGACAUGGAAAGGCUCCUCGCCAUCCCAGGCUUUCCUUCCGUCGCACCCCGACUCCGCAAACUUGUCAUUCAGUCCGACUCUCCCAUCAAAGAGCUUAAUGACAUGAUCAUCAGUCGGCAUGCCAUGGCGGACGUGACCAACGACGUCGGCAGUGUCGCACCUGCGUCAUUCACACUCAACUUUGCGGGUCCCAUCGAAUGUUUUGAGGCACAGUGUGUUCUGGAGGGGUGGAAUUCAUUAGAUAAGGCACUUGGGGAUGUGAUCACAGGAUGGCGAAAGAAUAUAGAGAGGGAAUUCGUCACCUGGGUGACUCGCAGUCAGGCCAACACGUGGGAUAAAGCUCUGAUGAGCGUGAGAGCCACACAUCUGCUGGGAGUCGAGUUUAGAACACUGGAGACGUACGACUUCUUAGACGUGAAGUAUAUCUAUUCCUCUGGGAUACACCACCUAAUGAACGAAGUUGGGAAUACGACGGUAGGAGCUCUUCCUCGGGCCGAGGGCUACAAUUUCAGGGAAAGAGCUCGCGCUCUCGUUGAGAAGUGGAAACCUCUUCUCCUCGCUGAUGUGCACAAGCGUCAUUGGAUGAGGCGGGGUCCCACAACUCUUGAAUACGUGCCCGAUUCUAGUACACUCCGCCAUUCUAAGACAGGAAUGCUUAGCAUCAUCUUUGGCGUGAAUAUGGGUGGGCUUGAUGCUUAUAGGGUCCUUCAAAACGCAAUGUAG